UGAAUAAUGUGAGUAAGAUUAGCAUUACAACAGACAUGUGGAAGUCAAGUCACCAAGUAGUUGAGUACAUGGUUGUGACAGGUCAUUUUGUUGAUGCAAGUUGGAACCUUCAGAAGAGAGUUUUGAAUUUUGUCAAAGUGCCUCCUCCUCGACGGGGAACAGAUAUAGCAAAUGCUAUUUUCAAGUGUUUGAGAGGAUGGGGCAUUGAGAAUAAAAUAUUCUCAGUAACUGUUGACAAUGCAUCUUACAAUGAUUCUUGUGUUAGAAGUUUGAAAGAAAACAUGUCAUUGAGCAGUAAGUUAGUACUUGGUGGAAAACUUUUUCAUGUUAGAUGUUGUGCUCACAUUCUGAAUUUGUUGGUGCAAGAUGGCCUUAACACUAUUAAAGAUGUCAUUCACAAUGUUCGUGAAAGUGUGAAAUUUAUAAAUUCUUCAGAUGCAAGGCUAAAGUCAUUCCAUGAAGUUGUUGAAUUAAAAGGAUUGAAAGAAAGGAAACUUAUUCUUGAUUGUCCAACAAGAUGGAACUCCACAUUCUUGAUGUUGUGUACUGCAAGUAAAUUUAAGCAUGCAUUUUCAGAUUACAAUGAAAAAGAGCCACAUUAUAAGUAUGCACCAUCAUUUGAGGACUGGGACAAGAUUGAGAAGGUUUGUAAACUUUUGGAGGUUUUUAAUGAUGCCACUCAUGUCAUCUCAGUGAAGUCAAUGUUGAAAGUAGCACUUUGGUUGAUGGUGGACAACAAAUGGAUAAAGGGAUGCAAGAAAUAUUGAGUAUGGUUUACCAAAGUCAAUCAAUUCCUCUUACGAAAUCAGAGUUGGAGACUUAUCUUGAGGAAAAUCUUUUUAUUCCUUCUUCUACUUCAUCCUUUUGUGCCUUGGCAUGGUGGAAAAAUAAUAGUCCAAAGUUUAAAAUUUUAUCAAAGAUGGCUUCUGAUAUACUAGCUGUUCCUGUUUCAAGUGUGGCAUCUGAAUCCACAUUUAGUGCUGGGGGGAGAGUCAUUGAUGAAUACCGUGCUAGCUUAAAUGAGGAAUCUAUUGAAGCUCUUAUUUGUGGUGGGGAUUGGCUUCGUAACAAGUAUGGGCUGAAGAAAAAACAAAAGGUAAGAUUCUGGACAACAGGAGAUUAUGUUGAAGCCAUGACUUGUUUACUUUUAUGUUUGAAUACUAUUGUUGUUAUUAUGUUUAAUGUUUUAU